AGAACCAUCAUGGCCUCCACAACCAACCCAAGCCCCCUCCUCACCCUACCUCGCGAACUCCGAGAUCUCAUCAUGCUCGAAGCACUCACAAUCCGCUCUCCUCCCCCAACCCGCACUCGUCGAGAAAUCCCCCCCUCGGGCAGCGACGGCCAAUUCUACCUCUGGUCCGAACGCUCCAAUUGGAAACCCUUGAACCUCCUCGCCGUCAAUCAGCAACUCCGCGCCGAAGCUCAAGAACUCACGAUCCAACUCCAGAAAGCCCACAAGAUUCGUUUUGUCAUGGACAUUCUCGCUUCAGGAUACAUUUAUACGCCAAAAUGGACGCUGCAAAAUCUCGCGCUUCAACCGCAAUCGACGCUGGAUUUGCAUUGUAAUCUUCAGAUUCGCAGCACAGAAGCUUUUCGUUCGAAUCAUUAUGGUGGUGGUAAUACUGCCACGACGACAGAGGAGCCCGGACACGCUUUCAAAACAUUGUUGAAUUUUCUUUCGCGAUUCCUGUUUCUCGGUCCGACAUUCCUCUAUCAUGAUGACCAUCAUGGCAACGAAAAUCUUGAGAACAACACCACCACCCCCUUCUCCACCAAAGGGCCCUUCUUCAUCCACACGCUCAGCAUCGCCGUCACAUUUCAAGACCACUACACUCCUGCCACCCAUCCCGAUACCGUGCGAGAGAUUUUUCGCAUGAUGAAAGCUCUGAGUAAAUUGGAUACUGCAGGGAAAUGGAUCGGGAGCAUUCGGGUGGAGGCAACAUGGCGCGAACCACAAGGGGGGCAAGAUUGUCGAUGGGAGAGGGAGUGGGAUGUGAAGAAAAAAGAAGAAGAAAGAAAAGGAGGAGAAGAAGAAGAAGACCGGGAAGCUGCUGACGACCUUGAUGAUGAAGUGCUCAGAUUCAGAGAAGAGGACUGGGCCUGGAUGGAGUUGCAUUUUGGAGAGGCAUGGAGGAAACGGUACUUCCCUCGCAGGAGUGUCUCUGUGUAAUGAUGAGAUGAACGACAGCAUCUUCGAAUAUGCAUGAAGUUAUGAAGCUUAGGUAGGCAUGAUGAAGGAUUGGAUCUGGCUUACAGGAUUGGGGCAAGCCAUGGGCAAGUUUAUGACACCUUAGGUUUGUAGAGAAUUGACUUGAUACCUU